UUGUGGGUCGUUGGACCCCAAAUUAUUCAUGCACUUGAUCUUCGCUUUCAUCAAACUGGUCUUCGUUGUGUAUGGUGGAUUAUCAUUUCUAAGUCACUGAGGGCACACAUUGAAGUUGAAAGCCAUGUAUCUGAAAGAUGGGUGUUCCUUACUAUUGAAAGUGCGUAAGCCUUCGAUCCCCUUGGUGCUCAACACACCCCCAAUUCCCAAUUCCCACUUCCCACCCUCUCCCAUCCAUGAAUCCCACGUUGCAAAAUCGUUGAAACACGAGCCAGAUGUUGCGUUGGCAUUGCAGCACUUCAAGUACUUGGCCAAUUCUAAAGCUUUCAAACACACCCAGCUCACAUACCACAUCAUGAUUCAGAAGCUUGGAAGAAACUCUCACAUUGAUGAGGUUCAGUACCUUUUGCAGCAGAUGAAGCUUGAAGCUGUACCUUGCUCUGAGGACUUGUUCAUAUGUGUCAUUAAUUCGUAUAAACGUGCAGGGUUGAGUGAUCAAGCUUUGAAGAUGUUUUAUAGGAUAAGGGAGUUUGGGUGCAAGCCCACAGUGAAGAUUUAUAACCACCUUUUGGAUGCUUUGCUUGGUGAAAAUAGGUUUAACAUGAUUGGUCCUGUGUAUAACAACAUGAAGGGUGAAGGUUUGGAGCCUAAUGUGUUUACUUAUAAUAUGCUUCUCAAGGCUUUGUGUAAGAAUGGGAAACUUGAUGGUGCUUGCAAGCUGCUUGUGGAAAUGUCUAACAAGGGCUGUGCACCGGAUGCGGUGAGCUACACCACUGUGGUGUCUUCUAUGUGUAGGUUUGGUCAUGUGGGUAAGGCAAAGGAGCUAGCUUUGAGGUUUGAGCCUUUGGUGUCUGUUUAUAAUGCUUUGAUUUUUGGGGUGUGCAAGGAGAAGAGAGUUGAGGAGGCCUUUAAUUUGAUGAGGGAGAUGGCGGAGAAGGAUGUUGACCCCAAUGUUGUUAGUUACUCCACUGUCAUUAGUUGUCUUUCUGAUAUGGGAAAUGUUGAGUUGUCUCUUGCGGUUUUUGGCCAAAUGAUUAGGAGAGGGUGUGGCCCCAAUGCUCAUACGUUUUGUUCCUUGAUCAAAGGCUAUUUCUUGGGAGGGAGACUGGGUGAUGCGCUUGCCCUGUGGAAUCUUAUGAUUCAGGAGGGAGUUAAGCCGAAUGUUGUCGCCUACAACACUCUCCUGUAUGGUCUGUGUUCGAAUGGGAACGUGGCUAAGGCUAUAUCGAUUUGUAAUCGGAUGGAGAAUGAUUUUUGCCAGCCUAAUGUGACCACGUUUAGCACUCUUAUUUUCGGGUUUACCAAAUGUGGGAAUUUGCAGGGCGCUUCUGAAAUAUGGAACAAGAUGAUCAAUUGUGGUUGCCAUCCUAAUGUUGUGGUAUUCACCUCCAUGGUGGAUGUCCUUUGUCAGAAUUCUAUGUUUAACCAAGCUUAUCAACUUAUCGACAAAAUGGUUACAGAUGGUUAUCCUCCAACUGUUGUUACAUUCAACACAUUCAUCAAGGGAUUGUGUCGUGGUGGAAGAGUGCAGUGGGCAAUGCAUGUGCUUGAUGAGAUGGAGAAAUAUGGAUGUUCGCCUGAUAUCAGAACAUAUAAUGAGUUGUUGGAUGGUCUGUUUCAGGUGAACAGAUUCGGAGAAGCUUGUGAGCUUAUAAGGGAGUUGGAAGAAAGGAAGGUGGAGCUAAAUUCUGUCACUUACAACACUAUUAUGUGUGGUUUUUCUUAUCUUGGAAUGCAAGAACGCGUUUUGCAACUUUUGUGUAGAAUGUUGAUAAAUGGAGUAAAGCCUGAUGACAUUACAAUUAAUACAGUUAUUUAUGCAUACUGUAAGCUGGGUAAGGUAAGAACUGCCAUCCAGCUUUUGGAUAAACUUACUGCAGAAAAGGAACUGUGUCCAGACAUAAUAGCACAUACUAGUCUUUUGUGGGGUAUCUGUAAUUGGUUAGGCAUUGAAGAGGCAAUCGUGUAUCUAAAUAAAAUGUUAAAUAAAGGAAUCUUUCCCAAUGUUGCCACUUGGAAUGUGUUAGUUCGAGGCUUCUUUAACAACUUGGGUCAUAUGGGACCAAUCCGCAUUUUGGAUGAUAUCUUGGGAAAUGGCUAGUAUGCAAUUUUCAGCUUCUUCUAUGCAAACUAAUGGCCUUCAAUUGUAGCUAUUUGUAACAGCAUACAACAGAUGACAAUGUCACUAAACUCCUAGUUUGGAGCAGAGGCAAGUGAGGGGAUUAAUGUGGUAGGAAAAAACACUUGGUGAGACAUCAUUGUUAGGAUCCCAGAAACAGGUUGAGUUUCCAAUGAGAGAGACAAGAAAAAUUAUUGUUUUGGAAGCAUUUAUUAAAUUAUAAAUAAAGAAUCCAAGGAGAAGAUUCUCC